AUGGCUUCUAGGCGAACCUCUAGUGUGCUUCUCGGAACAUUCCGAGCAGCCUCACGUCGUCCUGCAACUACAUGGAGACAGCGAUGCUGUUAUCACUCUUAUGAAUAUAACUCACCUCCGCCGUUCCCACCCGCCGAGUCCGCCAUCCUCUCUGCCGCCCUCUCGCAUGUACCAAGCUACGGAUUCACAGCGGAUGCCCUCCGUCUCGGAGCACGCGAUGCCGGCUACAUGGACGUGUCUACGAACCUGCUUCCGCGCGGCGUUUUCGAUCUCAUCAACUACCAUCUCGUCAGCCAAAGAUUAGCGCUGAAGAACUCAGUACAAUUUCCCUCUGCAGGCGAGCAGGGCAAGAAACUGGGCACUGGAUCAAAAGUGCGCACAUUGACACUGGCGCGACUGCGGGCCAACGAGCCUAUAAUACAUCGCUGGCAAGAGGCUCUCGCAAUCAUGGCACAACCUUCCUACGCCCCAGCCUCUCUAGCCGAAUUAGCUCGCCUGGCAGACGAGAUGUGGUAUCUUGCCGGCGAUGAAAGCGUAGACAGCAGCUGGUAUACCAAGCGCGCUAGCUUGUCUGCCAUUUAUUCCGCGACUGAAGUAUUCAUGACUCAGGAUACGUCGAAAGAUUUCAUCGAGACCGAAAAAUUCUUGGACUCGAGGUUGGGAGACGUCAUGAAAAUUGGAGGAUUCAUUGGAGCUCUGACUGAGUGGACGGACUACACACGGCACUCGGCGGUCAACGUUCUCAGGAGCAAGGGAAUGCGCGUCUGA